AUGAAUGAGAUUGAAACAAUUAAAGGCUAUGUUGACCGGCUGUUUGGCAUAGCAAAUAGAGUGAGGCUUCUUGGGAAGGACUUUCCUGAUGAAAGAAUAGUGCAAAAAAUCCUGGUCACUAUACCCGAGAAGUAUGAAUCGAAGAUAUCAGCAUUGGAGGAGUCUAAAGACCUGUCAACCAUCACCUUGGGAGAACUCAUAAAUGCUCUACAAUCCCAGGAGCAAAGAAGAAUGAUGAGACAAGAGGAGGUGGUACAAGGUGCAUUUCAUACGAAAGCACAAAAUUCAAGAGGUGGCAAAGACAAGAAGAACAACAAAUGA